AUGUCUGCCACACAGGAUGGAAUCCUAGGCCGACCAAAAGCCGAAUGGACACCAUCCCGAGAUGCUUAUUUGGUUGAACUUUUUAUUGAGCAACACAAUUGUGGAAGAACCGCGUAUAAUGAAUUUAAAGUUGAAGUGUAUAAAUCAGUCACAAAUGAUUUUAAUAGGAAGUUUGGCAUGAAUCUAGAAGAGAACCAGAUUAAGAACCGGUACAAUGUUAUGAAGAAAGAUUACGGUAUUGUUAAAACCUUACUUAGUCAUCCUGGGUUUGCCUGGGAUGACAUUCGACAAAUGGUUGUGGCUGAUGAUAAAAUUUGGGACAGCUAUAUUGCGGUACGAAGUGAUGCAAGGCCCUUUCGACGCAAAAGCUUUCCUCUGUAUAAACAGAUGUCCAUUAUUUUUGAAGGGGAAAGACCCAGUGGCAGAUACCAAUUUCCAAGCGGAGUUCUUUUGGAACCUGAAGAGGAAAAUAGCAACACAGAAACGGUUCGAUCCUCAGAGCCCAGCAACCUACCAACACAAGUCGUUGAUGGUGCCCUUGAUUCUGAUUCAAUAUUCCAUAUAAAUGACGUGCAACCCAAGAAACGCAAAUCUACUGGUCCAGUAACUUCUAGUCGUAAGAGAAGAGCAUGCGACAGGGUUGGAGAUAAGUUAGAAAAUGUCUUGUAUGAGAUGUUCUCAGCAGCCAGUUUCAAAUGUUUGCAAAGGAAUGCAAUAAAAGAACAAACAAUGUACCAGAAGUGCUUAGAGGAGUUGCAGGGAUUAGAAGAGUUGGAUGACUCAGAGUUUACAAAGGCUGUUAAUGUCCUUAGAGAUGAUAAGAAUGCAAUUGCUUUCAUGACAAUUAAAGGACCAAGGAGGUUGACCUGGUUGAGAUCCACAUGCUUUACAUUUAUGGGUGGUCAGGAUGUUUUGCUUGGAAUGUUUGGACGUGUUGUUCGGUUAUGUUCUCACAAUUUUGCAGAAAUAGCUUUCACACUGUUUCGUGGAGGAUACUGGCAGUUUGUGCAUGUGGACGAGGACCUCUGGCAGGCAUUUAUUUCAUGGUUGGUGAACAAUGACGGGUAA